UGCAGUUCUUAAUUUUGACAGCAACUACAAAUUCGAUUGUUGUGGUUUCAUAAAUAAAUGGGAAAUCUUUGUACGAAAAAAUCCAAGUACAUUUAAUGUGAAAGUCCAAGUCUGGUACGACUCAGUGUCAUUAUGGACUCUGCGUGGGGAGAAUAUUAUUACCGCUACUGAUGAUAACAAAGAGAAUGAAAUUGCAAUUCCGACUGGAUCUAGAAUCCAUGCAUUCAAAGACGAUUAUAUAGGCUUUUAUGAAUAUAAUGGAUCUGUUAUCACGUAUGGAAAUGGUGGUGACUAUAAGAUAGAUACCUUCGCAUCAGACCAGUCAACGUUCGACUGGACUGCAGUGACGCUUGGAGGCGAUAAAAGAGAUCAUGCCAUUCAUGCCCGGAUUACUAAAAGUGAAAUACCAACUUUCACUAACCUAAAUGAUACUGUUGCAAUAAGUAACAAUGCCGUAGCCGGAACUGUUUUGUUUACUCUCGCUACGAGUGACAGUGAUCCUGAAGAUGCCGGUCAGUUGACUGUAGCACAUACACCGAGUUCUGGAUCUGCAGCAACCUUCUUUGAACUCGACUCUUCCACCUCGGAAGUUAAAAUUAAGUCUGGUGUUUCUCUUUCCCCUGGAGAUCAUGAUAUGACCUUCAGUGUAACUGAUCCAUGUUCAAGAUCUUCAUCUGGUAUUCUGACGAUACGAGUAGAAAACGAUCCACCUGUUAUUACAAGUUUGGCUACAAGUAGUUCCACCACUAUAUCUGAAGACCUAACAACAGAGACGUUAUUGCAUACCCUCAUUGUAACAGACUCAACGCCUACAACUUGCCAGCUAGAUUCUCCUGGAGUUCCAUUUCAAAUUAAAACUAUAUCUGGCAGUACAAAUUAUGGUAUAUUUCUUUCUACUGGUGCAUCCAUGGAUUACGACGCACAAAAUGCAUAUGUCCUAGAUUUAUCUUGCACCGAUUCUUAUGAUGCGACAAAGGGCAUUUUUACCGUGUAUCUUGUUAGGAAUGAGCCUCCAACAAUAAAUGGAUUACCAAGAGCCUCAGAUAUACAAGAGGAUGUUAUUGUGGAGACAACACUUUACACCUUCUCUGUAACAGACCCAGAAAGUACAGUUGUGACAUGUGAUGUCACAGCAAUUACUCCAAAUACAAAUAUUAUGUUCAUCAAGCCAUCUCCAAACGUUAAUGAAUUUGACAUAUUGUUGCAGUCAAACCCUAGCCUUAUAUAUGAUGUAGUUAGAACAUACAGACUCGAUAUUCAAUGUAGCGAUGGUCGACGGACAGAUACUAAUGUCUUCUUUAUGAAUGUGCUGCGUAACAAACCAACUGUGUUUUUGAAUCUCCAAAAUAUAACAACAGUGUCGAGUGUCGCAUCUUACAUUGGACAGAUUGUUUUUGAUGUUGACAUAUCUGAUCCAGAAAAUGACCAAGUCCAGUUUUCUAUGUUUUGUGUACCGUCAACCAAUUGUCCAUUAGAAAUAUAUCACUCUGGUGAAAUAGUACUCAAAAGGUCAGUUGAAGGUGAAUUUGUACCAGUCUAUGAUGUAUAUGUUUAUGUGACCGACGGAAGAUCGACAACAGGACCUAGGUCACUGACAGUCCAUGUCUUAGAUAUAAAUUAUGUUCCUGUUAUAAGGAAUCUUCCUCUACCUUCUGCAUUGGUUGUUUCUGAAAAUUCCGCUCUAGGUUUGAGUAUAUUUAAAGUAUCAAUACAGGACAAUGACGGGUCUGAUACGCAUACAUACUCUAUGACGUCAUUCCCUUCUGAUGGAGUUUUGUACUUUGACAUUGAUUCUGCAACUGGACUUAUCAGUGUCUCUGCCACAACAAAUGUAAAUUAUGAAGCCGUAUCAUCAACCUCUUUUACUUUCACAAUAACAGUAUCCGACACAAAGGACUCGGCAUCUCAGAACCUUACUGUCACAAUAGCUAAUCAAAACGAAGCUCCCGUGUUUAAAAAGACAUCGUAUGUACUAAGUGUUGAUGAAGGUCUGGCUGGUACCGUUUUAGCUGACCCUAGUUACUUGUACCAGGAUGAGGAUACUGGUGACACACAUAAGUUUUCUAUGGUCUGUUCAUCAAAUGUUGGAUAUUUUUCGAUAGCUCCAACAACAGGAUUCAUUAGUCUAGCUACUGAUAUUGACGUAGAUGCUGUCGGCUCUGCCACAUCUUAUACAUGUACAGUUAAAGUGUCUGACGGUGCUUUAACCGAUAGUGCGUUUUAACCAUUAAUGUUAACAAUAUAAAUGACAACACGCCAAGGUUUUCCAACAAUUUGUUUACAUAUUACCUGGAUAUAAACUACGCUCUUAAUACUGUUUUCGGUUCCACGAUUGCAACUGAUGCCGAUACUGGCACAUUUGGAAAUUUCAUUUAUAGUAUUGACCAAACGUCUUUAGGAACGGAAACAUUUGGAAUUGAAGCAAAUGGAGAUUUGUACUUAAAGAAUUCUUUAACCAGUUACGGUUAUGGUUCUAGUAUCAGCAUUACCGUUCAGGCAACAGAUACCGGAAGUCUUCAAGGGACAGCAACUGUGUUCAUCGUUAUACCACAAACUACAACAACCACAACAACGACAACAGACCGACAUAUUACAUUUUGGGAAUAUCCUGCUAAUCCAGCGUGGGUUAUUGUUGCGGGUAUUCUAGGACUGAUAAUCAUGGUGUUGCCUUGUUACAUGUGUUACAAAAACAAAUGUUCUUGCACAUGGAGAGGAAGACCUGGUGACUAUCAUGAACGAGUUCCAGAACAAUCUGAAAUAAACCAGAGAAAAGACAGACAAGCAAACGGUUACUUUUAUCCUAGUUGGAAUGCUUGGAAAUGGUAUGAGCAGCAAUGAAUACAAGAAAGUAGUAGAUUCAGUACCAUAAAACAGAGUCUGAAAUGUUAAAACAUUUUUAUCAUUUUUUUUAUCUUGAAAAAAAUGUGUAAUAUUUAAGUUUUUCACAACAACUAUACGAGUUUUCUGUUCUCAUAAUUUAAUUUUAGAUAGUGUAGUAUAGUCCUCAUAUUUUAAAUAAGUGGCAUAUUGUUUUCCUGUAUAAAAGUUUUACUUAAUUUAGAAUAACUACUGUCAUAAUACUUGAUUGCAUCAACUAUCAUAAAAAUAAAAGAUUGCAAAGAAACAAUUAGGUACUUGUAUUACCAUAUCUUGACUUAUACCUAGAAAUUGACAAUGAGGGUUGAUUAGAAUCUUGCAAAAAAAAUAAAAGAUAACUAAAGUUUUCCCAAUUUGAAUUAUCCGUUUGAUGUAUAGCAACAUCCUAGCUUCACCUGUAUAUGGAAUAUAUAUCUCCCAAAAUAUCCAAUAUUCAAGGGCUUCCGUUUCAUAUUAGUAUUUCAGUGAUUGAUGAUUGCUACUAACUAUGAAGUUAUGGAACCAGGGGUUCGUAAUGGUAAAGUGGAAAAUUGGCUUUCAAAUGUUUAUGUUUAAGCGUUCCUAAUGAGAACCGCUUCGGACGCCACAAUAUAUAAAGACUUAUUGUCAUUAAUGAGUUUACUUUUUUCGAAUAAUUAAUUAGUUUGACAGAUUAUCACGGAUAUGUUUCCUUUGUCCUAGCGAAUUUACCGUUCUCCCUUCCCCAUGUGUAAUAAUUACUAAGUGCGAUUUAUAACAUAACACAUGUAACAUGAGUCACACGACCGGUGCCACUAGGGGUGCAUAAACUGCUCAUCCUUCCAGAACACCUGAGUUCACCCAAAGUUUUUUUAAAAAGGUACUUUUGUCUUUGCUUAGUUAUCUGUGUAGUAUUUGUGCCAUCUUAGUUUUCAAUAUAAGUGUUGAUCCUACAAGAAAAACUUUAACUAUCAUUUAUUAACAAAGUCGUGUUUUUUUCGAGUUCAAUUUUCAUUUACUAAUCAACUUUUUGCGAGGAAAAUUGUUUUCAGACUAAUUUAAUACUCAUUUUCAUAAACAUUUUUUUUCGAAUGCAUUCAAGUGAAAUGACUUCAAUUUACUUAUCUAUUUGUAUUACGUGCGGUAAUUAUAGUAUUGAUUUACGUAAAAAUCAGGAUAAUAAAGUUAUUAUUAAAUCGUAAAAGACUCUCCCCAACCCCAAUUAAAGGCCUAAGCAGUCAUCGAAAUAUAAGCGACCUUUUAUAUUUAUACAGUCUCUGUAUUCAUUACAAUAUUUUCACAAUCGUAUGCGAUAAAAACGCUUAAAGUUAGUAGCAUAAAAGACAAUAACUAAAAGAAGGAAACAUCUGACAUUUUUGAUGGAUGAUCAAGCAGCUUUGUCCUUUGAGAUUUUGUCUAUCUAAUGCUGCUCGAUAGAACUGAACAUGCUGAAUACCAUUCCCAAACAAAAAUGUACAUAUUAACGAUCACUCGUUUGAAGUUUACAUUUGGUUCACAUUUGUUAACUAGUUUCAGCUGUGACUUUCGUUGAAAUAGAAAUGCACAAAUGGCUCAAAUAAUCAAAAGCUCCGAUAAAUAGUAAAUGUUCAUUUUUAUUUUUAUUUAUUCAAACUAUUCGUAUUUCUUACCUUGAUAUAUUUUUUUUUUCUGUUUUCAGUUCCUGUCUAUCUAUAAUUGUUUUCAAGAUAAUAUACAAACACAUAAAUGGAAAAUAGAUCAUGAUUGUAGAGUAAUUACUCCCAUAAAAGAUCAAUUAUUGGUAAUGUCAUAUCUAAAUUAAUGUAGAUCUUGACUAGCUUAUCAUUUUGUCUGUUUAUCAAAACCGGAAAAAACACAAAAUUGUUAAAAAAUCGUCUUUUAAGGGCAACUACUUACACAUGGACUCAGUUGAUUCUUGAAUUCAUUUUAAAUGGUUUGACGAUCUUGUAAUGCUGAUCAAUUUUCGGGUGUACUGUUUCUGUCUAUGAUAACUUUCAACAUGAUGGACAGACACGUUCAAAAGUUUUCCGACAAAUCCGGUAGUUAAUUGAGGUAGUACGGUGAGUAGGCGGAUCAGAAGGCAAGCAGGUCGGCAGAUAUUUUACACACAUUAGCAUAUAUGUAAAAUACAUUUUGAAACAAAGUUUCUAGUUGGGUAAAGCUCCUGCUCAUAUUUGGUAUUUAACGACAAGAUCUAAGAAUGAGGCUGUUUUUGUAUAGUUUUCUUAUCUGUUUCACUGUAUCUAGACGUUUGAAUCCCUUAUCUCAAUCUGUAAGACAAACUUUUAAAAAUGUAGUUAAUGAUGUCCGACAGACCAUUGUAUUAAGAACACCUGAAAUAUCUUAUUUAUAAGAUUUAUACCAUUUUUUUUGACUUUCUAAUUUAGGGGUCAAAAACAAGUGGUCU